UGCAUCCAUACUUUUUGGGAUAUUGGGAAAGAUUAUGUUUAAUUGGCUGAUUUAUGGAAAACUAACUAGACAAAUUUGAACGCAUAGUAAACCAAAAAAUAUAAUGAACAGGUCAACUAGCAUUAGGACAGUAACAACAACAAUAACUGUGAGCUCUGACUGAAAAUCCCUCUGGCUUUGUGUUUCCAGGGUUGUGAAGGUUCCAGGGCAGAAAGGCGGGGCUUAGCCCCAAGGGGAGUGGCCUUUUUGCAUAUACAUACCAACCAGAACACGCACAUAUGUCGCAUGUUUGAGUUAUAAAUAACUCGUUCACAUGAGAAACAAUAGUUUUAUUUAAUGACAUCACCUUGUGUUUUUUAUGAGAUGUUUAUGUGAUUUCUUAUUUAAAGCCAAUGAUGCCAAAUUAUUUUUGGGGGGGAUUGAAGAACAUUUUAGGCCCCUAACGGCGCCCCUGACCAGGGCUCUUGCCACUGCCACAUGGGGAAUGUAGAUCAUAUCUGCAGACAGGACGGUCGACUCUAGUUUUAAACUAGUAAAUCUAGUGUUUUUUAUAUUACGAAAACAGCGUUUACAGUUUCAGCUUCAGAAACCAUUAAUGCCGUUCAUCCACGAGACAUGUUGACAUGCCGUGUUACAAACUGCAUGUUCCCACUCACCAUGUAGGUUAUACAAGUGCGUUUUGUUUCAUGCUCAGGUUGUUGGAAUCAUUUUAAUGGCAGUUGGGAUUCUCUGUGUCUGAGUUUUAGAUGACUGGAGUUUGUAUCUGAUAUUUGUUUCUAACCUCUGUCUUCAAAUGCACAUAAACAUCUAUGACUUUGUCCCGCGGCUUGCACCGGGCCCCAAAUGUGUCCCCGGAUGUCUUACAGCUGUGUGGACAAAUCCAACUUUUUCAAAUAACAAAUGAGUCACGUUUUCCGCGGUGACGGGAAGCAGCAGGUAGGAACACGCGGCAGAGGCCCGACAGGUGAUGGGGGGAGGCGUGGUGAAGCCGCGGAGGCGGAUCACGCUUCACCAGUUCCCCGCGGAUAACCGCUGUCUUCAGUUCGGAGGUGUGAGGGGGGGGGGGUGGAGGAUGAACGUGUACAGGAGCUUCGGGAACCUACUGGAGUCCUGGGUCGUCGACGGAAGCCGGUAUUCGGACGCGGCGUGUCUGGGAAACAACGACGGGGACCCCGCGACGUCUUCCUCCGACGCGGGGACGAGCCUGCGCCCGGAAUCGGUGGACUCUGGCGUGGAGACGGCCAGUCCCGUCACGUCCUUCCCGCCCACGCCGUCCUCCGCCUCCACGGAUAACGCAGAAAGAGAAGCGUGCGGACUCACUCCCGCCUCGACGUCCCGGUCUCCCGCGCCUUCCUCCUCAUCCUCCUCUUCCUCGCCGCUGCUCGGUGCCGCAGGAGCUACGCGCGUCUCAGUGGACGAGGUGCUGAUGCGACGUCCGCGCGCGUCUUCCGGCCCCACGCGGCGCGCGCCGUGGGUAGCCAGGGGUCAAAGGUCGCGGAGUUUCGGCGCGAAGAGGUCGGCCAACGCACCUGAGCCCACGACGCAGACGCCACAGCUGCGCAGACGGCCGAUGUCAGCGGGUUGCGACCUGCAGGCGGGUCAGGACCUCGGUGAGCGGGACAGAGCACUGCUCAGCCCCGGCCUCCGCUACUUGGAGCAGGUGUGCCAAAUGUUAGAAGAAUUUGCCAGACAACAGAUGGGCAGCCGAGCGUUGCAGAUGGAGACGAAUGCCCUACGGGAAGAUCAAAACACAGAGGUGGACCAGGCUCCCGCCACUUGUCAGAGGGACUGCAAAGCUGCCGAGGAGGAGCUCUCUUUUUGUCUCAAAAACAACACAAAACGUGCAGAGCACAGCGAAGCCCAGCCCGGGCGAAAUCAUCCCCACAGCCAUUUCCGGCAGAGGUCUGCUUCUGACACAACUCUCUCAACACUUCAUAGAAGAAGGCUAAAUGCAGACUGCAGAGGGCAGCAUCUGAGUAUAGAUGACCUGCUCGAAAUGGAUGAGGAAGAGCAUGAAAAUCUGGUAAAAAUACGCUUAAAUAACACAGAAUAUUUGUGUGGCUCUGAAAAAGAAGAGACUAAUAAAAAAAGGCCCUGGAAAUUAAAAUUUAGGUCUCUCAAAAAAGCGGAGUCGGCAGUGACGGAUACAAAUAGCCAAAAGAUGCAGUCAGCCGAGAGAAACUCGGCCCGACGACGACUGAGCCAGAUGUUCAGGAGGAAGAAGACUCUGCCUGUGUAAAGGGGCCAUGAUGUUUUGGACAUGUUGGUUUCAGUUAUAAAGAGGAAGAAGCUUUUCUGCUGUGUUUAUUUAUUUUCUGAUGCUUUCCCUGACUUUUUAUACCAAAAUAAUUACAUUUUUCUAUAAACCGAAAGAGGGAACUCUGUAAUAAGCUUAUUAUUGUUAAAUAUGUAUGUGUACUGUACAGUCCAAUACGCUUGCCAUAUUAAAUAAUGUGAAUAUUUC